GUUUUGAAACUCGAAUUUGCUUGGUCGUUGUUUCAUCGAACGGAUACAUUGCGCGGGUGAAAAAAAUAAGUUAAAAGUAAAAAUAAACAUUUUUCUACCCUUUGUUAUUUUUUACCGACCAACUUAGGAGAGUGUUUUUCAAAACCUCAAAAAGGUGUUUAUAUAAACCAGAAUUGAAAAUAAAGAAAAACAUUAAAGAAAAGCCCUUCCCAAAAGAAAACACUUCCUAUCUCUGCCAAGUUAAAUAAAAAAUCCUUAGCCGGAAAACAAGCGGAAUUGAAUUGAAAAAGAAGAAAAUAUUUAAUUAUUUUGUGGUUUUCUAUUUCUUUUUUUUUAAGUUUUCUAAAACACAAAACAAGUGAAAGUUAAAAAAUACAUUUCUUGAUUUUUCAUAAAACUUAUGAACUUUUAUGAAAUGAUGCUAAAGUUUGAAGGGUUUAUACUUUUUUGGACACUAAUCUGUGCAGUUUUUUCAAUAAUCACCGUUUCGAAUGCUUCUGGUGGUGCAGGAUUUGGAAAUGAUGUUUUCACCAGUUCGUUUCUAGUUCGAUUUCGACGAAGUGUUGAGAAUGAUUUGGCCCACCAAAUUGCAUCUCAAUAUGGCUUUGAUAAUCUAGGCCCGCUUGUUGGAGGAAAUGGUCAUGAGUAUCAUUUUAAGCACCGAACUUUACCGCAUGCGAGGUCUCGCCGAAGUAUCGCACACUCAAGAAUAUUGAAGAGUCAUCCUUUGAUUCACAAUGCCAUACAACAGCCAGGCUUUAUACGAGUGAAACGUGGAUUACGUCCUGCCAUACCAGCUAUACAUGGACUACCGUUCUCUUCGAUAAAUGGUGUGCCCAGCACACAAGGAGUGGAGCCCACUGAUCCGUAUUUUCCUUUUCAAUGGUAUUUAAAGAACACCGGACAGAAUGGAGGCAAAGUGCGUCUUGACCUGAAUGUUCAAGCAGCAUGGGACCAAGGAAUAACUGGCAAAAAUGUCACCACUGCCAUUAUGGAUGAUGGAGUAGACUAUAUGCAUCCUGAUUUGAAGUACAAUUAUAACGCUGAAGCCAGUUAUGACUUCAGCAGUAACGACCCAUUUCCAUAUCCUCGAUACACGGAUGAUUGGUUCAACAGUCAUGGAACACGAUGUGCAGGAGAAGUUGCUGCUGCACGUGACAAUGGCAUAUGUGGCGUAGGAGUUGCUUAUGAUAGUAAAAUUGCGGGGAUACGAAUGCUGGACCAGCCUUACAUGACGGAUUUGAUCGAGGCAAAUUCCAUGGGGCAUGAGCCCCACAAGAUUCAUAUAUACAGUGCGUCAUGGGGCCCCACUGACGAUGGUAAGACGGUUGAUGGGCCACGAAAUGCAACGAUGAGGGCGAUUGUGCAGGGUGUUAACGAGGGACGAAAUGGAUUAGGAAAUAUUUACGUGUGGGCUUCGGGUGAUGGUGGUGAAGAGGACGAUUGUAAUUGCGACGGCUAUGCUGCUUCAAUGUGGACAAUUUCGAUUAACAGCGCCAUAAAUGACGGUCAAAAUGCUCACUACGACGAGAGUUGUUCAUCGACGUUAGCCAGUACUUUUAGUAAUGGUGCUAAAGAUCCAAAUACCGGAGUUGCAACCACCGAUCUGUAUGGAAAGUGCACAACAACACAUUCGGGAACGAGUGCCGCAGCACCUGAGGCAGCCGGAGUGUUUGCCUUGGCUCUGGAGGCGAACCCAAGCUUAACAUGGCGUGAUAUUCAGCACUUGACUGUGUUAACAUCGAAAAGGAAUUCGCUCUUCGAUGCUAAGAACCGUUUCCAUUGGACAAUGAACGGCGUCGGCCUCGAGUUCAACCAUCUUUUUGGUUUCGGAGUUCUCGACGCUGGUGCAAUGGUGACUUUGGCGAAGCAAUGGCGUACUGUACCACCUCGUUAUCAUUGUGAAGCUGGAGCUGUUUCUGAGCCACAUCAAAUAGCAGCUGGAAAGUCGUUGUAUCUUGAAAUAAAAACAGACGCAUGCAAAGGAACUGAUACUGAAGUAAAUUAUUUGGAACACGUGCAAGCAGUCAUAACAGCAAAUGCUUCAAGACGAGGUGAUUUGGAACUAUUCUUGACAUCGCCCAUGGGAACAAGCAGAUCAAUGAUUUUAUCGAGACGAGCUAACGACGACGAUCAUCGGGAUGGAUUUACUAAAUGGCCAUUUAUGACAACACACACUUGGGGUGAAUACCCUCAUGGGACGUGGAAGCUUGAGGCGCGUUUCAAUUCACAACAACCUCGAACUGGUUGGAUAAAAGAAUGGUCACUAGUUUUACACGGGACAAAGGAACCACCUUAUAGGUCACUUUCACCGGCUUCUCCACAUUCAAAACUGGCUAUUGUCAAAAAAGCUCACGAAGAGAAGAAAAUGCAUUAAGAAAACAAAAAUAAUUAGUGCAAUAAGACGUCCCAUAAAAAUAAUAAAGAACGAUGCAGGCAGGCUGCAGUUUCAACAAGUUGAAACCUAAGAAA